CCGCCGGUUAUUUUUAGCAUGCCUCUCCCAAGAGGCCAGAGCGGCUGGUUUCUCCCUGCAGCCGUGGAUCCCCCCGGCCAAAGCGUGUCCCCGGCGGGACCGGGCGCCCGCAUGCAGAAGAGGAUGGGUGAGGCAGUGGCCCGGGUGGCCAGGAAGGUCAACGACACAGUGGAGAACAAAACGGAUUCCCUUGAUCUGGCCAACUGCAAGCUGAUGACCUUCCCUGUUGGCAUCUACAAAGCCAUGAGGAGCGUCACGGAGGGCAUCCACCAUAUCUCCCUGGCAAACAACGAGUUGAAGUCCCUUACCAGCCGUUUUGUCACCACCUUCAACCAGCUGAGAGAGCUCAACCUGGCAGGCAACUACCUGCACCGCCUGCCCGAAGAGGUCACCUCCCUGCUGCACCUCCGGGCCAUCAACCUCUCCCGCAACAGGUUUCGGCGUUUUCCUGAGCCCCUGGCUGCCGUCACUGCCCUGGAGACCAUCGACCUGGAAGAGAAUGAGAUCACAGAGGUACCAGUGGAGAAGCUGGCCACCAUGGCAUCGCUGCGGAGCCUCAACCUGCGGGCGAACCCCGUCGGCCCCGAGGUGCGGCUGCUCGUCCGGCCCCUCGUCCCCUUCGACCUCCUGCUGUCACCGGAGGAGCCCGUCCCCGAAGCCUGAGAGGGCCUCAGGGUGCCCGGCCGAGCUGUCCCGAGGGGGGACUGCCUGUGAGAGUGGUUUGGCUUAGGUCAGUCCCUGCUACACCGCUAUUUCUGUCCCAAAUCCGCAGCAAGGCAGCCAGUGCAUCCUUUUUAUCCUUAAUAAAAAGCAAGCAGCGGGGCUUAGCCACAAAGGGAUGGCUCUGCCAGCUCCCGAGCUGGGGAAUCUCCUGGUUUGUGUUUCGCCAGCACCUAGGGAGGAAGCGGAGCCAGGAUGCGUGCAGUGCAAGGUUUGGGUAAAAUUGGGGGAGUUGGAUGCUCAGCCACAUCCCUCCCACCUGGCCAGUGAUAGGUAGCAUCUGCUGCCCUGGUCCAGGGCCAGAACGGUGAGGGACAUCCCUGCAGCUGUAGGGGUUCCCCUUGAAUUGCUAAUACAGCAAUGUGCCAAAUGUCUGAUUAAAUG